AUGUCGAACGGAGAAAAGGUAGCUCAGAUUGCCAUGGUUGGAGCAGGCUGGUGGUCCCAAGGAUGGCAUCUUCCCCAUUUGAGUCGGAAUCCCAACUCGAAAAUUGUGGCCAUUGUCGACACGGCAGAGCACCCAAAAUCUAGUCUGGAUCCUAAUCUACAGCCGUUGGCAGCACUCCAAGAAAAAUACGAAUGUCCCAUAUUUUCUUCUGUCCAAGAAUUGUUUGAAAAGGAACCGGACUUGGCGGCCAGUCUAGAUGGAGUCAUUGUUUGUACUCCCCAUGCAACUCACAGUGAUAUUGGAGGCUUUCUCCUACAACAAUCUGCAUCCAGAGCCAAACCACUACACGUUCUCAUGGAAAAACCAAUGACCACCAAUGUCGAUCAGGCCAAAAAGCUACACAGGGCUGCAUCCUCCUCGCCAUCGUCACUGUUCAUGGUCAAUCACAGCGCCAACUUUAUUCCACAAACCAUUCAAGCCCGAAAACUGGUCGAGAGUGGUGCCAUUGGAGAUAUUCAACACAUUACGGGAUUCAUGGCAUCCCCACUGUCGUGGAUCUUUGAAGAUCCCGCCAACACGGGGUGGAAUGAACCCACACCAGGAGUCAUGAUUGGCAAUGGAUUUGCUUGGGGACAGGCGUCCCAUUUGUUGGCAUGGAUCUACCAUGUAUGUGGGCCUACCGCUUUGAUUCCACAAAAGGUGUACUGUACCAUGCAUCAUUCUCAAACCACCGGAGCCGAUGUGGCACAUGCGGCAUCCAUUAAUUGCAACAACAAUGUCACCAUGAGUCUCUCCGGUACAAGUCUCUUGCCGGGAAAUGCACAUUCCGAUCCUCCCGUUGCCAAACAAAUCGAUAUCAAGAUUUAUGGAACCAAGGGUGCCAUUCAUUACGGAGGUGACGAUCGGGAGUCCACGUCGGGACGAUUGGAAUUGCGCAGAGGGCCGGGCCAUGACGACGAGGGUGCCGUUCAAGUGCAUUGCCCCGAUUUGGGAUUUCAGUUUGAAGAGUUGGAUCAAGACGGUACGGGACCUCUGUCAGUGCAAAACUUUUUGAAAAAGUGCGUCGGUGACGAGUGCUAUGUGGGAGCCGACAGUCUGGUGGGCUUUCGUAGCAUUCAAACUCUGGAUGCCAUGUACCGGAGCCAGGCAUCUGGCAUGCCCGAAGAAGUCGUGCAGUGA